UAUGUCUGACUUGUAUUAUAUAGGAGGUCCUCGUGAAUCUGCUGAGCCAAAAAAAGUUAAGAGGAAAGAACAUUUGUAAAAAUGUUGGACGACUCAAACCAGGUGAAAAAUUGAGUCACUUUUUAUCAGAAUCGAGUUGUUGGAAAUCAUCAUACAUCAUUUGUCACACUUGGGGAUUUUAGUUCGUGAUCGUAAUAUGUGUCCAUUGCGGGUACACUCAUGGAUGGACAUCGAAAAAUAUAAGCUAGAACAUAUGUGGAAUGCCAUUAUGGAUAAAUUUGUCAGUGACGACAUGAAUGAUCAAAAAGAACAUGUCUUGCAACAUAUGCGAAGGUUAUGGAUAAUUGGAGAGGAUCACUACCCAGGAAUGUGAAGUCUAAGACAUUUUGCGAUGCUCUAAAAUAUGUGCCAAAAGAGGUAGACAAGGGUGAUUGGGAAUGGCUAGUUAAAGAGCAUUUUCUGAGUCACAAGUUUAAGGAAACAAGUACAAGAAACUCAGUGAAUAGGUCUAAGAUGAGUAUGCCUCAUCAUACGGGUAGUAAGCCUAUUAGAGAGAUUAUUUAUGAAUUGGGAGGAAAAGAUGGUAAGCCACCAAACAUGGACACUACCUUCUUCGAGACACAUAAGAAGGAUAACAAGCUUGCUGAACCUGAAACAAAUGCAAAAUAUGUUAAGAUCCAGAAACUGGUUCAAUCUGAUUCAUCUCUUACAAAUAUUGAGGUCGUCAAAAAGUGCUUUGGACCUCAACGUAAGAGUCAUGUGAUUGGAUUUGGAGGUGGGAUAACCGCUAAGGAGUUGAAAGGUGGUAACUCUUCAAAGGCUGCAUUGCUAGAUAAGUUGAGUGCAAGUGAAAAAGAAAAUGAAUUAUUAAAAAAACGCAUGGAUGAGUUGGAGAAUAAAUGUCAACGCAUGGAUGAGCUUGAGAGAAAAUAUGAACAACUUGCAAGUGUAGUGUUUGGUGAACCUACAUCACCGCCAUCUUCCACUGAUCAAUAGAUGAACCAGUUAACAGCUCAAGAAUUUCAAAGUGAAGAAUUUAUCAUUCAAGAAAGUAAGGAGCAAGUUGAAGUUCACAAGGAUUUUAAAAGACUAUCUUAUGUAUAUAUAUGUUGCAAAUUUCAAUUUUUUAUAUUAGGAGUUGAUUAAAGUAUUGAUAUACACAAUUUGGAUAUGGGAUAUAUAACUUUCUUUAGUUUAUUUUUAUCAAUGAAG